UCGGAUCCAGCCACAGAGAUGUCGGAGACCGGUUCCAUAGGUUCAGGAUCGACUGUGGCUUCAGGAAGCAGGAUUGUGCUGUUGGCGACCAGAGGAGAAUGGGGAGCCCUGGAACAGGCUCUCAAAGGGAUAGACAGGGGAGACCGAGACAUCUCCCUCUCCGACGAAGACUCUGGACUGACCCCCAUUAUGAUCGCUGUUCGAGACAACAAGCUGGCGAUUGUGGAGAGACUACUUGAACUGGGAGCCACACUCAGUGAUCGGUUAAAGGACGGACGCACCGCUCUACACUUGGCUGCAGCCCACUCAAAGGAUGAAAUUGUUCGGCUGCUUUUGGCGAAGAAAGCGGACCCCAAUCUGACUGGCGGAUCCAAAGAUCAGCUGUCCCUGCACUGUGCAGCCAACCGGACCAGCAGCUCUCUCUCCAUCGUACAAAUGUUGCUGAGGGCUUCACACAAAGACGCUCGAUUGGUCCAAGACAAGGACGGCUGCUUGCCAUUGUUUUUAGCCAUUGAAAUCGGGAAUGUCGCAGUCUGCAAGGAGCUGCUCAGUGUCAGUGCCGACAUCCAGCUCAGGACACAAAGAAAGGACACCGGAGACACGGCCUUACAUGUCAGCAGCAGGAAAAGAGAUGCCGAGCUGGCAAAGCUCAUGGUGGAGUACGGGGCUGAUGUCGAUUUCCAGAAUGAGGAAGGCCAGACCGCUUUACAUGUGGCAGCCUGGGAGGGCGAUGAAUUCCUGCUCAGGUUUUUCUACCAGUGCAAAGCUAACCCGAACAUCCCAGACAAGCUGGAUCGGUCACCAUUGCAUAUUGCAGCUGAGCGAGGACACACCAAUGUGGUUGAAGUCCUGACCGAGAAAUUCAAGUCUAAUGUUCUGGCUAGAACAAAGGACGGAAGUACCCUGAUGCACAUCGCGUCCCAGUGUGGCCACCCUGACACUGCGCUGGCCUUUCUGAAGAAAGGCGUCCCUCUACACAUGCCCAACAAGUCAGGUGCGGUGUGCCUCCACGCUGCAGCGAGGAGGGGCCACACGGCUGUAGUGAAAGCCUUGCUCCAGAAGGGGGCGCACGUCGACGCUAAAACGAAGGACCGCUACACAGCGCUGCACAUCGCGGUGCAGUACUGCAAGCCCAUGGUGGUGCAGACACUCCUGGGCUUUGGGGCUCAGGUCCAACUUAAAGGAGGCAAGGCACAGGAGACUCCGUUACACAUCGCAGCUCGAGUUAAGGAAGGAGAGAAGGUGGCGGAGAUGUUGCUGAAGAGUGGAGCUGAUGUAAACACUGACCAAGAGAAUGGUGAGACGGCCAUGCACAUCGUGGCUCGUCACGGCAACCUGAGGAUGCUGCAAGCGCUGCUGGAGGAAGGCGGAGAUUUAACCUGCCAGUCAAAGGCCGGGGAAAACCCACUGCACAUCGCGGUGAGGUACUGCCAUGUGAACCUAGCGGAAGAGAUCCUCAACUACCUGGCCAGCAAGAGGAGCCACAGCGAUGCUGUGGCAUGCGUCAAUCAGGAAAACAAGGAAGGAGAAACAACCCUGCACCUGGCAGCACAGAUCAGGAAGGACAUGACUCACUCGGACCAGGAGGAUACCCAGAUAGUCCGAAUCCUCAUGGAGUUUGGGGCAGACAUAACGGCAGCCACAAACCUGAUACACGAGACUCCGCUGCAUUACUGCGCCCGAGUGGGCAACGCAGACGUGCUGCUCGAGAUCCUGAAACACAUCAGCUCAAACAGGAUCCAGCGAGUCAUCAAUAAACAGGCCAAGAACGGUUGCUCACCACUGCUGGUUGCUGCUGAAAGGGGACACACGGAGAUCGUGAAGAUCCUGUUACUGCACCACUCUAGAGUGGACGUCUUUGACGAGCACGGCAAAGCUGGCCUUCACCUGGCUGCGGAGAAUGGGCACGAUCAUAUCUCUGACAUCCUCCUCUGGCACAAGGCCUUUGUCAACGCCAAAACCAAGCUGGGCCUGACCCCGCUUCACCUGGGGGCACAGAAGGGUUACAACAGACUGGUCAAGCUUCUGGUGGACACCCACGGGGCCAGCAUUGACGCGCUCUCUCUGUCGAAGCAGACUCCCCUGCACCUGGCGGCGGUGAAUGGACAGCUGAACGUCUGCAGUAGUUUACUGAAUAUGAAGGCCAACGUGAACGCCACUGAUAUUCACGGACAGACGCCCCUCCACCUGGCCACUGAAAACGAUCAUUCCGAGGUGGUCAAACUCUUCCUCAAGCACAAACCGGAGCUGGUGACGUCGGCUAACGUGGAGGGCUCCACCUGCGCUCACAUCGCGGCUUCCAAGGGCAGUGUGGCUGCCAUAAAGGAGCUGCUGAAAUUCAGUAGAGCAAGUGUCACCUCAGCCCGAAAUAAGACAAAUACCUCCACCGCGCUGCACCUGGCUGCCACUGGCGGUCAUGCAGAGGUGGUGAAGGUUCUGCUGGAAGCGGGAGCAUCUGCCACCGACGAGAAUGCGGAGGGAAUGAAUGCAAUUCACUUAGCUGCUAAGAAUGGACACAUUAAUGUCUUGGAAGCAUUGAAAGGCACCAUAUCCUUUAAACUCACCAGCGCAAAGACUGGACUUACAGCCCUGCACGUGGCUGCCCUCUUUGGGCAGAUGGACUUUGUGAGAGAGAUUCUCACCAAGGUGCCAGCUACGAUGAAGAGCGAGACCCCCAAAACCACCAACGAAGCUCAUCUGUUGAGCGAGUCAGGGUACACACCAUUACACUUGGCUGCACAAUCAGGACACGAGAACCUGGUUCGCCUUCUUCUGAACUAUCCAGGGGUCCAGGUGGAUGCUCAAACCAACCUUCAGGGAGCCACCCCAUUGCACCUGGCGUCUCAGAGCGGCCACACUCCGGUGGUCGGGCUCCUCCUGAGUAAAUGCACCUCCCUGCUGCACCUGAAGGACAAGCGAGGCCGGACCUGCCUCCACCUGGCGGCCGCCAGCGGCCACAUCGAGAUGGUCAGAGCGCUGCUCGGACAGGGAGCUGAGAUCAAUGGCACGGACAAGAACGGAUGGUGCCCGCUGCAUUUUGCGGCAAAGUCCGGUUGCCUGGAUACUGUGCGGUUUCUGGUGGAGGGUGGAGCUUCGGCCAAGCUGGAGUGCAAGGAGGGUCGCACCCCGAUCCAGUACGCAGCAGCCGAGCAUCACCAGGAGGUGGUGAGCUUCCUGCUCAGAAGGAACAACAUCACCCUUAAAUUGACAGAGGAUCGCAAGUUCAUCUUCGACCUCAUGGUGUGCGGAAAGCUGAACGGCAACAGGGUCAUCGAGGAAUUUGUGCUGCACUCCCCCGCCCCCCUGGACACCGCCGUCAAGCUGUCCAGGGCCUUCGAUGUGGCGGCCCUGAGGGAGAAGGACAGGUCCAUGGAGCUGCUCAACGCUGCCAAAUACUGUGAGGGUAUGGCCACCGAGCUCCUGACUGUGGCCUCAGGGAGCAAGAGCGCUGGCUACCUGCUGCGUGCCGUGGACCACCGCACCACAUCCCUGCUGGACGCCUUGAUCGAGUGCGAGCAGAAGGAGGUGGUGGCUCACCCGGUCGUGCAGAAGUAUCUGACCGAUGUGUGGUAUGGGAGCCUGCACUGGGCCCACUGGAAAGUAGUCCUCCUUUUCUUCUCCUUUCUGGUCUGCCCACCCAUCUGGCUGGUCUUCUCUCUGCCGUUGGGGCACAGGUUCACCAAGAUCCCCAUCGUGAAGUUCAUGAGCCACCUGGUCUCUCAUGUCUUCCUGCUGCUGCUCUUUGUGGUCACCGUGGUGUACCCACCCCUCAGCCCCGUCCACCAAGGCCGUGCCUUGCCUCGCUGGAAUGAGUGGCUCCUGCUGGCUUGGCUCUCGGGGAUGCUGGUGUCUGAGCUGACCCACCCCGGGGAAAGGGCCGGGCUGGCCUGGAUCAGGGUCUUCAUCCUCGGCCUCUCCGCUGUGGCUGUCUUCUGCCAUCUGCUGACCUUCGCCUUGCGGGGCCACGACCGGCUGCACUGCUUCUUCGCCCGGAACAUUUUCCUGGCCACUGCCAUGACCCUGUGCUUCAUCCAGUUCCUGGAGUUCCUCACCUUCCAUCACCUCUUCGGCCCCUGGGCCAUCAUCAUCCGGGACCUGAUGAAGGACAUGGCCAGGUUUGUGGUCAUCCUGGCUCUGUUCCACGUGGCCUUCACCAUGCAACUGACGGCUGUCUACCAGCCAGUCUAUCCUGAGCCCCAGCCCGACCCCUCGGCUGGGAACAGGACGGAGUCCGAAGUGGGUGUUCACAGUAUCCGGAGCCCGCUGGACAUCACCGUGCUGCUCUUCUUCGCCCUGUUCGGGAUGGUUGACCCAGAUUCCCUGCCGCCGCUGGACCGCGCUCCAGCCUUCAGUCACGUCAUUGUAAGGGUGGUGUUCGGCAUGUACCUGGUGGUCAGCCUAAUUGUGCUCAUUAACCUGCUCAUUGCCAUGAUGAGUGACACUUACCAGCGCAUCCAGGCCCAGUCCGACACCGAGUGGAAGUUUGGCCGGGCCACGCUGAUCCGGGACAUGGUCAGGAAAUCCAGCACGCCAUCCCCGUUCAACCUGUGCACCAACCUGUUCUACUACACCAAACUGCUGUGCAAGCACAAGGGGAAGCUGUGCUCCACCGAGGGCCGGGACCUGAUGAAUGAAGAUGACGGCCUUGAUGCCAUCUCAGACACCCACUCCAUUGACAUGCUGGCACACACAUCGGUCGGUUGGAUAAGGAACACUUCAAAGACAACACAAGUCUCUCCAGAAGGUGGAUUCUUGCAUAACCUGCGCCAUAAUGGUUCGACAAAGAUCGAGGAUGUGAUUGACUGGCAUAGUGUGGCACUCCGUUACCUAACCAUGAAGGGCCGGACUGACGUUGUGUUGGAAAGGCAUUCCUCCCAGUACGAUGAGGCAAACAGCGCAGGGCACUUUGCUGUGCUAGUGCGAUCCAAGCUUCUGAAUGGUUUAUCCAUGUAGAGAAUGGGGUAAUGGUGAUGGCCCACUGGAAAGAAUAAAGGACCCAUUUUAUACGAUGAGAGAGAGAGCUGACAGAGCUGUUAAAGUUGAUCAAAUCAAAUCUUUGUGCUCACUGACUCUGUGAGUAAUGGGAAAUGGCACAGUUUGAUGCUUCAGAUGGCAGAGUGUCAAUUAACUGGAGGGCUCUUCAAUAACCUUAAGCACUGCCUUCUACUGCCAGCUGCAUAGUCUCUUUUCAGUCUGUCAUUGCCAUUCACUGUUCAUGGGUUACAGCGUGGACUUCGAGCUAAUUGUUAUCGUCACAAACCAGAGGAGGAACGAAGACCAUCAACAAUGUUAUGAAGCCCAGGAGACAGUGACAUACAUACAUGUUCUCUCCCCUCUGUUCAGGCUAACCUUCUGUUUGGCUUCACUAGUGCUUCUUGAGUUCAUCUUUCUCAAAUAGGCAUAGCGAUCACUCCUGCCAACAUCUUGACCAGAAGAUAAGCCCUACUUACUUUAUUGCACAAACCCAUUUCAAGAGACGGUGGGGAGGGGAGUGUGAGAGCCUGAGUGGAAAAUGAAAUAACUUGCUGUUUUGACCUUUGGUUUUAGGAUUAGCAAAUCUCUAACGUGAAGAAUGAGUCGUUAACACUCAAUUUCGACAUAAACUGCCAGUUUGCUUCAAGACAGUUUAUAGAAAGUGAACAGACUUCAAGUGCUGUGAAAUGAUAUGUCAAGCAGUAGCCCUGGACUCGCCAAACAAGUUGAUUAUGAGAGAACUUGGCACAGGAACGUCUACAGUGGUACCAACAGACUUGUAAUACUGCCUCCCACCUGCCUUCAAAUGCAUGCAAAAUGCACUCAUUAUACUGCCCAGCAGGCCCCAAAGAAGGAAACAAGACACAAAAGCCUCACAUGUGCAACCUUCUUGAGGCGGACGCUCAAAGACAUCCUAAAGGUACAAUUUGCACCGGUGGCAUGAUCACAGGUCGGAUUUUUACCCCCCUUCACCCUCCAAAUCAUAAAUUAGAAAUGGAUCGAGUGGAAGUGGGGAGCGAAGUUGGUUCAAAUGGAGAUGCCUAAUAAAAAGCAGGAAAGCCCAGAGUAAUCCAUGACAGGCUUGAAUAUGCGCAAGCCAAACCCUGUGAGCCAGGCUGGUCCUAGUAGACUGAUACUGUUCCGUGUGGUUAGUUACCUGUUGUCUUUUUCUCUCUUUUAAGAUCUUUUGACUGUGAAAUCAAAAGCUCUCACAUUGGGUUCUCAAGGGAUUUGGAAUGGAAUCAUUAAUAAUAAAUGGGUCCACUUGCAGUAA